ACUCCUUCCUCGCUGCUGCAGUUCACAUGGAAGAUGUCACUUGAACCAGCCACGAAUUUCUGUUGGGGGUCUCCACAAGGAAAUGGCUAAGGGAUUACGUAGUUUUUUUCAAAGUUGUACAACUCUGACGUUACUUCUUUAAUCCUGGACGCUAAUAUUUUAAUUACACUAGCAUUAUACCAUCGGAUAUGUGUGUUUUGAGUUUAGUUGAAGUCAAUUUGGGCAACACAACGGGAAACGAAUCAUUUGGAGAAUCUCACCUCGGACUUGCUGCUGUUAGUUUACCUAGCGUUAACACCUGAUAUAGCUAGCUAAAUAGUUUUAUGUAAUUUGGGACAGUUAGUAGUGAUGGCUGGUAUUAACUUGAGGGAGGCUUUUACAACAAGAUAACACAUUUAUUAUACGAAAUACGACUAAAGUACAAGCAAGCUGAAGGAUACAACUUUUUCUUGAAGUUGUCUCGAGCGAAAAUGAACAAUUGUACCGUUAGCAUCUAGCUAGCAAAUUAUCUAACGGUAGCUAGUUGACAGUGACGUCAGUGGAAAUUGGGUAUGGUGUUGCAACUUUGUAACGUCAACGUUACCUACUUUAGAUUUGUUUAUCAAUUUAACUAGCUACAGCAGCUGAUUUAGCAUAGCAUGCUAAUGAUGCGGGAUUCAACUGUGAAUUUCAGUGUUCUCCAUAGAACUUGCAAAUUGGUCGUCAUUCUUUGUUUUCUCCAUAUUUCGGUCACAUUAAUUUUUUACGUGAGGUCGUUAGAUAUUCAAUUUUCUUUUGCACAAAAUCAGCAAGCACACACAGCGAAAAAGCAUGACCAAACUACAUCAAAGGACACCAAACCUGACGUGGUUGAAACGAAUCGCUUUUCUGUAGACAACGUGACAACUACAUUCACCAAAGAACUUGUAAAAUGUCUUGACACUUCGCCACUGCUUGUGGGCCCACUGCGAAUUGAGUUCUCUAACCCAGUGAGCCUUGAUGUGGUAAGGAAGGAGAACCCCAAUCUUCAGAAUGGGGGGCGCUUCAAGCCCAAAGACUGUGUGGCCCUCCAGAAGGUGGCUAUCAUCAUCCCUUUCCGCAACCGCGACGAGCACCUCAAGUUCUGGCUGUACUACCUCCAUCCCAUCCUUCAGCGCCAGCAGCUGGACUACGGCAUCUACGUUAUCAACCAGGACGGUGAUGAGAUCUUUAACCGUGCCAAGCUCCUCAACGUUGGCUACACAGAGGCCCUGAAGGAGUACGACUAUGGCUGCUUUGUUUUCAGCGAUGUGGACCUCAUCCCCAUGGAUGACCGCAACACCUACAAGUGCUUCAGCCAGCCCAGGCACCUGUCUGUCUCCAUGGACAAGUUUGGCUUCAGGUUGCCGUACAACCAGUAUUUUGGCGGCGUGUCGUCAAUGAGCAAGGAGCAGUUCCUCAAGAUCAACGGCUUCCCCAACAACUACUGGGGCUGGGGAGGGGAGGACGACGACAUUUUCAACAGGCUGAGCUCCAGGGGGAUGACCAUCUCGCGGCCCAGCGGAGCCGUGGGGAAAUGCAGGAUGAUCCGCCACAACCGGGACGGUGGGAACGAAGACAACCCUCAGAGGUUCGACCGCAUCGCCCACACCAGGGAGACGAUGAACAAAGACGGCAUCAAAACCCUGUCGUACAAAGUGGUCAAAGUGGAGAAGGAUCAAUUAUACACCAAAAUUACUGUCGACGUGGGAAAAAAAGACUGAGAGAACCAAUAAAACAGCCUUGACAACCUGUGGUGGAUGCGGUAACCAAAUGUGCCUUGACAUUAUAAAUAAUGAUAUGCCUUGGACUCUUUGGACUAUAGAGAAUGACUGAUCUGAUCAGCAAACAAACGUUCCCUUUAUUUUCGGCCUUUGCACAUCCGAUGGUGAAUUGAACUGGGAUUCCAGCUUUUUCUUCAUAGGAUCCAUAAAUCAUUGACACCAGGAAUGACCGUUGACAUUCAGUACAUUGACACACUGUUGGUAUCCUAUUGGGCUUGUACGUACUCCACUCUCUCUUUUUGAAGAUUGCUGCUGCGACAAAGUCCUUUGUGAGCCAUUUUGUCUUGAGGGGUGGUUGUAAAAUGAGUCAUUUAUUGUCCUAUGCAUCGGGGACUCAUAAUUCAUUUUGUUGUAUCUCUAUUUCUUUCUAGUACUGUUGAUGUUGUCGUUUUGGCAUCAUUGUAGUUUUCUGUCACUUUUGGGAGAUUUAUUGCUAUUCCUUUGCUGAUCGAGCAGGGUUGCAACCCAUUCAAUGCCAAGUGCUCAGGCCAAAGAUGGAACUCUACAAUUUGAAGUUCAAUAACAAACCAAGUUACUUUUUUUUUUUUUUUUUUUUCCAAAGGCAACCAAACAAUGAUCUUAAGAUUUGUUGUACUUUUGGAUGUGUUCACAACCUUUUGAUGGAGCAUCAAAGGGCCUAGAACUCCAAAAAUAGCUUGUUUAAAAGUCCAAAUCCCAUGAUGGUUAUAUUAGAGAAGGGGUCCUUAAGGGUAUUUGAACUAUCUUGAAAGUGUCUCCGCUGAAGCUCCCUUCCCUGUGAAGAGCACCAUUCCAGGUAGCCUCUAAGGAGGCCUCUCCCUGGUGGAAAAUAGGUACCUGAAUGUAUUUGCCUGGUGGUGUGUGUGUGUGCCCUGAGGUAAAAUGCUACCAUGCUGUUGUCUGUUACGAGUGACUGGCGUUCUACUUUUUUUGUGUUGGUCUAAGAGAGUGGGUUCUAUGCUGAAAAGGAUCCUCUUGUAGUCCGUGUAUGUCUAAGGAAGUGUGAGGGUUAGAAAAACAAGCAUUUUGCAUCCUCAAUACUUAGUAAUCAAUACCCUUAAAGACAUCUGCAUGUUCUUAAACUGGACGGUCACCAUGUCUUCCUCACAGGUACAUUAUAGAUCAUCAUAUACAGUGAAAAUGACUCAAGCUUGUGAGCUAUGGGGCAUGACGUUGCACAAGUAAAGUUAGUAACUCAAUCUUGAGAAAAAACGCCAUUGAGAUUUCUGACUGGAUGGAACAGAAUAAUUGUGCUGUCCAUACUUAGGCUUACAUGUUUGCCAUUCCUCUCCUGACUGCUUCUUAAUUAUAUCAGUGCUGGUGUCUGGAGAAUCUAUAAAAUGACUGCCAUUUCUGCCUUACCUAAAUAAACUUGAAAAUAUAAAUUAA